UAUCCCAAGAAUGCGCGAUGACGUAAUGCACAGAAUUGAGGCUAAUAGAGCGGCCGCCAUCUUGAAUCGUUUCCUCUUUCGUAGCUACAACAAGGCUGGCUAUUUUACGGGGUAUUUCAGGAGUCCUUGCCACAAGAUGAGCUUCCUUUUUGGAAGCAGGUCAACAAAGACUUUCAAGCCAAAGAAAAAUAUCCCCGAAGGCACUCACCAGUAUGAUUUGAUGAGGCAUGCAGCAGCUACUCUCGGCAGUGGAAACCUUCGGCUUGCUGUCAUGCUACCAGAAGGCGAAGACCUGAACGAAUGGGUAGCGGUAAAUACCGUGGAUUUCUUCAAUCAAAUAAACAUGUUGUACGGGACGAUAACGGAGUUUUGCACGCUGGAGAGCUGCCCUGUGAUGUCGGCUGGACCGAAAUACGAGUAUCAUUGGGCUGAUGGAACUACAAUAAAGAAACCAAUAAAGUGCUCUGCUCCAAAAUAUAUUGAUUACCUGAUGACCUGGGUACAGGAUCAGCUUGAUGACGAGACGCUCUUCCCCUCCAAAAUAGGUGUUCCUUUUCCUAAGAAUUUCCUGGCAAUUGCCAAGACGAUUCUCAAGCGUUUGUUCCGAGUGUAUGCCCACAUCUACCACCAGCACUUCAAGCACGUUGUGAGUCUAGGGGAGGAGGCGCAUCUGAACACCUCUUUUAAACACUUCAUCUUUUUUGUACAAGAGUUCAGCCUUAUUGACAAGAGGGAGCUGGCGCCGCUUCAAGAGCUAAUAGACAGACUGGUCAAUAAGGACAAGGACCGCUUGUAGUUUAUAGUAGGAAAGAUAUUCAUGACUGGGUUUUCUAAGUUCUCCAAAUAACUGAAGUAACAGCUGAUUAUCAAAAUGCUGUGAAGAUUUGUACAAUGAUUACUGUUCGACAAUCCUCCACAACAUUAAUUGGCAUGUACACACUGGGAAUUAACUUUUAUGAAUUACAAUCCAAUAGCAAAGACAUCAAGAUCAAGUUUUGUUUUCUCUUGAUCUCUUCUUCACAUUGUAUAUUUCUUCACACUUGCUAUCCCGUCUUUUGUGCUGUUGUGGUGUCCUUUAAGUGUGCCAGGCUCAACACUUGAUGAUGAUAAAAAAUUAUUUUGUACUGGUAGCCAAAUGAUCAUGUAUCAUAUCCAUGAUGUGUUUGUACAUAAUGUGAUUAAAAUUUGCCAUGACAUUUUUUAUUACAGCCGUCUGCAUAUAUAUAAAUUGUAUGUCUAGCUAAAAUUCAUGUGAGUAUUUAUCAUCUCAGUAUAUUGUCAUCAAACUAGUAACAUAAGCUGAUUGUACGUAUUAUGGCUGUAAAUUUGGCUAUCAUUUGUUUAUGUAGGGGAUCACAUCCACAAGGCUAGACGGCCAUUAGGGGACAUGUUCCCAUGGGAACAGUUCCCAUGAGAUUAGACAGCCAGGGGAACAUGUUAAUAUGGGUACACAAGGCUGUCUGGUCAUAAAUGAAAUUUGUAGCCUUAUCACAAUUUGGUGUAUUACCAUUUCUGUAUGGCUGAGCAGGUCAAACAAAGAUUUUCUCUGCCAAAGAAAAAGCAUUGGAGCAGCAAAUGUUUUAAUGACCAAAGGCCUGAACAGUUUGUUGGUUUGUGCUUCCAAAUGGAUCAUUCUUGUCAUUAUAUAUAAAUCUUGGAUUAGUGCUUGGGAACUUAUUUGUCCUGGCUUUCUUCAGACCAGUAUUCUGGUCUUAUUAAUUUUUUUUUUUUUUUUUAUAAAUUGAAUCCACAUGUAGUAAUAGUCUUGGGCCUACACACUAAACUCUAAAUCCCUGGGCUGUGCCAGCAAUGCUGAAAAAGCCUGUAUUUGGAGUUUGAUUCAAAGUUUGCAACAUUUGACUGGACAAACAACUGAUAGAUGUGGGUCUACAAAUGGGAACCUCCUGAUUUAAACAGCAAAUACAGCAUUGUAGGUGAAAAACCCAUGGGCAACGUCAGCUUGGAUUAGUUAGGCUCUCUGUCGAAUACAAUAUAAUAUCCCUACAUACAUUUAAUUCUAAGCCCCAGCAAUGAGUUGGUAGUUUUAUAUUUUUAUUGCCUUGUAAAAUACAAAAUAAAAGAAAUUCUGGAAA